CCUCCUCUAUGUGACAUCCUUUUAUAUAUUUGAACAUGGCUAUCAUAUCACCCCUUAACCUCCUCUUCUCCAGGCUAAACAUGCCCAGCUCUCUUAGCCGUUCCUCAUAAGGCAUCGUUUCCAGGCCUUUGACCAUUUUGGUUGCCCUCCUCUGGAGGGCAAACCGUUCCAGUUUGUCAGUGUCCUUCUUGAACUGUGGUGCCCAGAACUGGACGCAGUACUCCAGGUGAGGUCUGACCAGAGCAGAAUACAGUGGCACUAUUACUUCCCGUGAUCUAGAUGCUAUACUCCUAUUGAUGCAGCCCAGAAUUGCAUUGGCUUUUUAGCUGCCGCGUCACACUGUUGGCUCAUGUCAAGUUUGUGGUCAACCAAGACUCCUAGAUCCUUUUCACAUGUACUGCUCUCAAGCCAGGUGUCACCCAUCUUGUAUUUGUGCCUCUCAUUUUUUUUGCCCAAGUGCAAUACUUUACAUUUCUCCCUGUUAAAAUUCAUCUGGGUGGAAUCCUAGUCUUCAAGCUUUGGGUGAAGAGGGUUUAUCUGCUUAAAAUAAUUUUAAGUCGCAGGUUUCUGUGGCAAAAAAGCAAUUAACAAAUUCAAUAAAUAAAGUAAUAGCCCUAUUCAAUUAUGUAUUCUGGGAAAUUGACAGGGAAUGGCAUUGUAGCAACGUGCUCAGUGAAGCCAUUUUGAGAGUUAAAAUGUUAAGCAAGGAAGCCAUUUUGUUGAUCUAGGCCAGGCCCCCAUAUCCAGUAAAUACACUCAGACACCCACUACCCAGAGACAGGCUGAUAAGGAUUACCAAACAAGGACAUGGAACGGUAAUGUCCUACUCCUCAUGCCCUGUCUCUAGGCAGAACCUAUUGUAUCUAUCAGAGUAUAUGUAAUUUGAUUGGCUAAAGACCUGAUUCAAGAAUGUAUAAAGGGAAGCCUCCCCUGUUGGGGAGGGCCGGACUUCGGAACUUAUUCCUCCGUGCCAUUCCUUGCUGCUGUCAAACAAUUAAAACUUUCUUGCUUUAUUUUUCUGUUGCUGUGUGGUCAUUUGACUAGCCUGACCGUUUGCUACAUGCUAUCCUUUGAUAUUCCAUCUAAUAGGACUGUUGAUCCGAAAGGUGCCAAAACUAUCACCAUGAAAAUCUCUGGACAUGAGAAAACCCAUUACACAGCUGUGUUGUCUUGCUGUGCAGACGGCACCAAAUUGCCACCCAUGUUAAUUUUUAAAAGGAAAACAUUUCCAAAAGAAGUGAUUCCAAGAGGAAUUGUUGUACAUGUUCAGUGAAAGGAUGGAUGGAUGAAAAUGGAAUGAGAGUAUGGCUUGAAAAAGUGUGGUCCAAACGUCCUGGAGGGCUUCUGAAAAAAACUGCCUUAUUAGUACUUGACCACUUUAGAGCACAUAUUAGCGAAACUACAAAAAAGUGCUUUAAAGAAGUGAAGACUCACCUAGCUGUAAUUCCUGGAGGUCUUACCAACCAGUUUCAACCUCUCGACAUUUCCAUCAACAAGCCAUUUAAGUUCUUUAUGCGAGAAGAAUGGAACAAAUGGAUGGCUGCUGGUAAUCAUGAUCUGACACCUACUGGACAAAUGAAGAGGCCCACUAUCACUCAAGUUUGUGAAUGGGUGAAAACAUCAUGGCACUCGGAGGAGGAAAUCAUUGUCCAGUCAUUAAAAAAAAUGUGGCAUUAGCAAUGCUUUGGAUGGAAACGAAGAUGGUAUCUUAUAUGAAGAUAGCGAAGAAAGUAAUGUCAGUGAUUGUGAGCAACUGAGCUUCAUAAAUUCUGACUCUAGCAAUGAUGAGUUCUUGGGGUUCACCGAAGACCAGAAGAGUACUCGAACCUUAAAGUCUCUCUUCAUUUGUUAAUGACAGUGGUGAUUGUUCUCAAUGCCACUGUUGAGUGCUGUUCCACUUUACAUGGUUGAAAUAUUAUUCUGAUAUACCAGUAGUUUAUCUUAUGGAGCAAAAAAUACAGUAUGCUGAAAGAAUGAAAAGGAAGUACAGUGGUACCUUGGGUUAUGUACUUAAUUCGUUCCGGAGGUCCGUACUUAACCUGAAACUGUUCUUAACCUAAAGCACCACUUUAGCUAAUGGGGCCUCCUGCUACUGCCGCGCCGCCAGAGCACGAUUUCUGUUCUCAUCCUGAAGCAAAGUUCUUAACCUGAAGCAGUAUUUCUGGGUUAGCGGAGUAUGUAACCUGAAGCGUAUGUAACCUGAAGCGUAUGUAAUCCGAGGUACCACUGUAUCCACAUUGGCUGAAAGCGUCCUGAAGAAGUUUACUCAAGCCUGAGAACUGGGGAAAGGAUCUGGAGUGGAAGCAUUUUUGGUUCCCCCAUUCCCUGUAGUGAGAUGGGCCUCUUGAUAAAUUCUAGAUUGCACGUGUAAAAGUCAGUAUAAGAUACAGAGACCACUAACUUUAAGACUGCCUCAUAAAAUAAGGGGCUCCAAUGCCUCUCUCUCUAUUCCACAAGGCCUUCCCCAUCAUGUGUGUUUGCUCUUAUUGUGUACAUACUUCCUGAUAAAGUUCAGUAGAAAAGCCAUUUCUUUCCUGCAGUUGCACCUUGUUAGGUCAUGUUUGUCACAUCUAGUUUCCAAUUGCUUUUUAUCUGGAAUACUAACUUUCAUUGGCAUAGGUAUCUGAGUUGGUUUUGUCAUGAUGCUUGUACUCUUCUCAUGCGUUUAUGUUCAUUCCCCCACCCCUUGCUAAUAAGAUGCUGACCUUUGCCAGACAUUCCUCUUUGAUUUAUAGAGCUUCAAUCUUCCCAUUCCCAAGAGCAAUUUUUCUCCUUUUUACUAAAUUAUUUAAUAUUAUUUAAAUGAUCUUACUAGAUUUUGGCUGAAGAACCCUAUUUUCCCUAAUGGAGGGAAGUGAGCUUGAGAGCAUUGUGUUUCUUUCCCUUGUUAUAAACCUUGUCCAGAUUGAGAACUUCUCAUCACAAGGGUAUUUAGAAUGAUCGGGGGGAAGUGGGACUGCUCAGUGAUUGGCACAACCCUAUUUUGCUUCAAUACAUCUGGCUCAUCUCAAUCUUAUUAUUAUUCAGAAUAAAAUCUCUGUAUUUUUCUCAUCAACUUUGUUUCUGCAAUAAUGAAGUUUGAAAGGAAGUGAAAGUCCCAAGCCCAUCAUCUUUAAGAUAGGCAGCUGCCUUGUAACAAGCCAGAACAAGGAGCAGUGUGGUGGGACAGUACAUCUGGCCUGUGUGCAUGGGGAUGUAGUCUGGGCAUGGAUAUAAGAAGCAUCUACUGGAUCAGGCCAAUGGGCCAUCUAACCCAACACCCAUCCUGCUCUCAGACACUUGUAGAAAACGUGCAGGCAGAACCAAGCAGAAGAGUGAUCUCCCCUCCUGAGGUUUCCCGCAACUGGUAAAAAAAUCUCCAUCCACUUUCUUCAUGCCUUGCUUAAUUUAAUACAUCUUGUUGGCUCUUUCUUGCCUUUUUUAUACGUACACUCCAGGAAAAAAUGUUUAAGACUAGGUAAGACAUACAUUAAUGAGAAAGCAGCAAAACAGUUUGUACACUUCAUUCUUUGUGUGCCUCCUUCCACAACAGGUCCGGAGGGUGGCAGCAUGAAACAGGCCAUUUCUGCAGUGGCUCCCCGUUUGUGGAAUGCUCACCCCCAGGGAGGUUUGACUGAAGCCUUCAUUAUACACUUUUAGGAGCCAGGCAAAAAUGUUCCUCUUUAACCAAUAAUAAUAAUAAUAAUAAUAAUAAUAAUAAUAAUAAUAUUGCAGAAAGUCUGUGUCUAAAUCAAGGACAAACUGAGUAAAGCAAAUUUCUUUGAGUGAAUAUGAAAGAGGAUUCUCUCAGGUAAAUCUUAUACUAACUUUCAUCGUCUCUGCUUAUAAGGACAAUUUAUUCAUGGAUGUUCAUCAGGAUGGUAGGACCCUCCCUUACUCAGUUCAACCCUACCCAAUAUGUGGAAUCAUGGUCACUACAUGAACGACAUUCUGCAGUUGAUACAAAAAGCAGGAAGCUAUCUAAAGACGAAGUACCGUAUUUUUUGCACCAUAACACUCACUUUUUUCCUCCUAGAAAGUAAGGGGAAAUGUCUGUGCGUGUUAUGGAGGAAAUGCCUACGGGUGGCAUGCCUACAGAUUUUCCUCCUCUAAAAACUAUGUGCGUGUUAUGGUCGGGUGCGUGUUAUAGAGCGAAAAAUACGGUACAUUGCAGGAUAUGUUUAAAAUGUGACACUUACUACAAGAACUUCAUGGUAAUGAUACCUUUUUUUCUUACAAAAAAGCACUAUUAGGGUGGUUACCCUCAGAGGUGGAUGGAUCCAAUGGGUUUCCAAACAGUUCUGGGGGAUUUUCUGGCUGAUAUAACUGGUGCUCCUGUCUAAGAUGUGGCUGACCUCUGGGACAUCCAAAUGGCUCAGGUUGUUGAGCACCAUCUCCCACUUUAUGGAGCCCGUUAGGCUCCUUGGUAUACUCCUGACCUUUAGGCAAAGAAACAAGCUGGGAGAUAGCUUGAAUACAAGCAGAUGAAAAUCCAUUCAAAUACCAUCAAACACGGGUGAGGGCUCAUCACUUAAUCGAUCUUGUGGCAGUGCAGUGAAGUCAGCAAAGACUGUGUUGACUUGCUUCAAGAAUCCAAGUCUAAUAAGCAACACUACUAGUGUUAUUUCUCUAUGAAAUGGUAUUUGGAUAUAAUAAUGUAGGAACAAUAUGUAACUAGAAACAGCUCAGAAAUUACAGAAAAGCAUCUCAUAAUAUUGAGGGAACAUGGUAGACAAGAACUUCUAGGUAAGCACUGCCAUCUUGUGGGUAAUUCAAAGGGGAAGCUACCAAAAGAUCAUACUAAUUCAAAUGGCAAAUAUUUUUGGAUAAAUCACUUUGUGACUGUGUUUGAUUAAUGACUUAACUGUAAUAAUAUUAAUGACUUAACUGUAAUACUAAUUCAGCUAAUUCUGCAGUUACUAUUCUUUCUAUUCACUAUGUAGAGGAAAAAAUCCUUCAGGAAAAAUACAGAAUUUCCCCCACUUCACAGUAUGUUCUCAAUCUUCCACCAGGACCAUUGAGAUAAAGCAGAAAACAAACAGACUCCUUGUGAUUUCUAUAUCGAUUAAAGGUAAAGGGUAAAGGGACCCCUGACCAUUAGGUCCAGUCGUGACCGACUCUGGGGUUGCGGCGCUCAUCUCGCUUUAUUGGCCAAGGGGGCCAGCGUACAGCUUCCGGGUCAUGUGGCCAUCAUGACUAAGCCGCUUCUGGCAAACCAGAGCACCGCAUGGAAACACCGUUUACCUUCCCACCGUAGCGGUACCUAUUUAUCUACUUGCACUUUGAUGUGCUUUCGAACUGCUAGGUUGGCAGGAGCAGGGACCGAGCAACGGGAGCUCACCCCGUCGCAGGGAUUCGAACCGCCGACCUUCUGAUCGACAGUGCCACCCGCAUCCCAUCUAUAUUGAUUAGUGUGGUCUAAAUGCCCAUGACCAUUAAAAGUUUAUUUUCUUCAAUAUAUUUCAAGACCACUGCCCAAACUGUCAAUGGGCAGCCAUGUUAGAUACCCUUGCAGCAAACAAUGAGCCUCAUAGUACCUUACAGACUCGAUUUCUUUUAUCAAAGGUGGACUUUUUGUUGAUUAAAGCCCACAUCAUCAUAUCCUGUUAUUAGAUAUACACUUAAGUCCCGAAGAAAAUAAACUAUGGCACCAAACAACCUUGAUAUAAAAGGCUAUUACCAUUUGUUUACUGGGGUGUGAAAAGGAUAGAUCACAAUUCUUGCAUUAUUGUUGUUAAAUGGCAAGAACUCUCUUCCCAGAGUAUUAGUUAUGCCUUCCAAAUGCACCCAAUAUGCCCUCUUACUUGAAGAAUGUAAAACCCCUUGGUGGACUACAAAUACUCUAAUAUUUUUAUCUAGAAAUCUAUUAAACACAACUCUGGAACCCAUUGAAGAGCUUUAAAAAAAUAUUUUAAAUAAACAUUCUGCUACUCCACAUGAGGCUCUCAAGCCUAGUUUCCUUUUUAUUCUAUGUUACUGCAUUUUGAACAUAUAGAGAAGUAUCGCCUGUUUUCAUUUUAUAUUUUUAAUCAAUCCACUAAGUAUUCCUGGGGCAUUUUUAAUUCCUGAGAUUUUAGGGGCUGUGGCUGAAUACCUGCCUUACUAUGGCAACCCAGUCAGAUGGGUGUGGUACAAAUUUCUUGUUGUUGUUGCUAAUGCAGUGUUUCCCAAACUUAAAAUAACCAUAUACUCCUUUUGAAAGUUUAGACUUAAUGGUGUACCUCUUCUUGGAAGGUUAAUUGGAAGGUUAUCCAGCCUAAAUUCUGCCAUAUAUCCUUUCGAAACCCUUUCGUGUACCCCUGUAGGUACAGCAUUUCCCCCCAAAAGAUAUCAUGAAGCCCCAAAAUACUUCAGCAGCCUUACAACCCCUAAAUAAAAAGUGGCAAAUAAUAUAAUUGUUAAUAAUAAUAAAAAGCUGACCUUUAUGUUUAUUAGUUACCCACCCUUAACGAUAAGGUCCCAGGUGGGAUCCAACGACAAAAGAAGACCCCAUGUUGCAAAUGAUUUAACACAGAAAAAUAAAGUGGGCUCCUAAAAUACACAUCUCCAGCAGCAAAAGCAAGGAUGAAGAUUUGCACAGAAGAUGCAGGAUUGAGACCAACCUCACUCCUAGAACAAUGCCUAGUUCAAAAAGUAGGUUUUUUAAAAAAUCAUAAAAGAUAUUAAGGGAAUUUAAUUGAAAUCUAAAAAGGGGAAGUGGCAAUCACACUGCACAGAAGUUUACAUUAAUUUUAUUUGCUAAUAAGCCUCAGCGUACAGUAUUUUCUUUUUUUGCCACGUGCUCCAGCGCUCUAACUUUUAAAGCUGAAACGCCUGCAUGUUUCAAGUAAGGUUUUAGUUUGCACCAACUCCUUCCCUAGAGAAAAAAAAAAUACACCCCAAAGAAUAAAAACCUCUCCUUAUGAGAAACAAGAAUGGAUCCCCGCUUCUCCCCGUUAUUAACAAAAACCCACGGAGCUCCCUAAUCAACCACCAUGAAGGGACGUGGGGGCGGAAACGCGCAAAGAUUUCACGCAAGCGCGUUUCCAUAGGCUAGAGGCACCAGAACGCUUUACGGCACACGGGCGUCGGGGAUAACGACGCUUGCCUUGCUGUUGGCCCCACCCCCUUUCCUGCUGCGCACGCGCAACGGCGGUGCGCCCUCUGUCGCCUUGUACUCUCGCGCGACGCGAAGGAGGCGGAACUGGAUUUUGAAUCAGGUGGCGGGAAGAUCGCCCGGAGUCCGAGCUCAACCCCCGUCGCCUCGUCCUCUUCGAAUGGCGAAGCAGCAGAGCCGGGAGCAGGGCAUCACCUUGCGGGGCAGCGCCGAGAUCGUCGCCGAGUUUUUCUGUGAGUUAGCCGGGAAAGGAGAGAGGAAGGACUCGGUUGAGCGGGCUGCUCCUAGGGGAGCCGCUUACUCUGGAGUAAGCCCCGCUGAAUCCAAGGGGCUUUACUUCCGAGUAGGGACGCCCGCUUAGGAUCGGGAGGAGGAGAUGCUGCUACGAGGGAAUGAUGGCGCCCCGAGCUGGAGGGGAAGGAGCGGGACGCAGCAUAGGCCAGCCAUCCUUUCUUCUCCUUUCCUUUACUUUCCCCCACGUUGAUUUAUUUGCUUUACGCAAACAUCCUGUCGCUGAGGGUAUAGCGCCCCACAGCGUGCCAGCAAAAGUUUGCAUCGCAAUAUAAAAGAGAGAAAAAAACCUUAAUGGCUAUGCGUGGAGUAGCUUUCCAAGGUAAGGAGCUCCACGCUGCAUUCCUGCACUCGGUUGCCCGGGAGUAAGCGCCCUUGAAAAGAACGUGCUUCUGAGCAGGCACCUGUAGUAUUGCGCCGUCAACCUCCUUGGUUGUGUAGUUCACAGAAGCUUAUAGCUGUAAUAAAUAUAAGGUACCACAAGACUUUGUUGUUUUAGAUGUUGAUAGUCACACACAUGUCUGUAGCACCGCGCUGGUGAGUUUUCCCAGCUUUGUGGACAAAGCACUGGAUUGCACUGCCUGUUCUCCUUAGAGUCCUUAUCUGCUUUCAUUUUAAACUUUAUAUCGGAAAAAGGGUAACUCUUUAAAAUAAGCAUGCUUAUUCCAAUUUGUCCACUCUUGGGCCAGUUAUGAGCAUUUGUGGUUUGGCUUAAGCUUCCCUUCAAGUUAGUAUUCCUCAGCCAUAAGCCCUUGUAGACAUUGAUUUACAAACGCUUGCCCUAUUACUUCAUCUAAUUGAAGUAUUGUGAGAGAGCAGCAUUACCUGUUUCGCAUUUUGCAUAAGUCCACCUGAUAUCAUUUAAUCAAGUAUUCUAUGAGCUGUGCAAUUUCAGUUCUAGGUGUUAGGAAAAAUUAUGAUACAGAUAGCAAACAUAAAGUUGGAGGUGUACAAAUAACCUUCGACACAAACUUAGGUCUAAAGAUUAUUGCUUUCAUUAAAAAAUAAACAAUGUGAAGUUACGUUUUAAAGGUAACAAUGUAAGAUUUUUGGCAAGUGUAGCUUUAACCUACCCACUGUAGUAUUAAAUUAGAAGUUGCCCUGACCAAAAUAAAAGCACAUGUGCAAUUAUUAGAGUCCUUAUCUGCUUUCAUUUUAAACUUUUAAACUGUAUGUCGAAAAAAGGGUGACUCUUUAAAAUAAGCAUGCUAUGUGUGUUACUGGUUUGUAGCCAGAAUGAAAUAAUAGACUGCUAAUUCCAAUUUUGUCGGCCAAUAGCUUUGGCACCUGGCAUGAACUCUGCCCCUUGAGCCAUUAUCUCUGCCCUGCAGAGAAGAUUGCCACUUAUAAAAACAGGCACAUGCUAUGCUUUCUGCUGGAAGCAACUGAAGGAAUUUAAAAGUAAGGUGAUGGUCCUUGUAUUGUUAACACUUGAAUAUUUUUUCCCUUCUAGCAUAUGGUAUCAACAGUAUCUUAUACCAGCGUGGGAUCUAUCCUGCUGAAACAUUUACACGUGUUCAGAAAUAUGGACUUACUAUGCUUGUAACUGCAGACUCUGAACUUAAAAAUUAUCUGAACAAUGUGGUGGGACAGCUAAAAGGUAUUUUUUAUUAUUUCCUGACAGUUUUCUUAUUACUGCAUAGAGAUUAAGAAAACAACACAGUCCCUGUCCUCAGACUUACAAUAAUUUAAAACAACCCUAGUAGCUCAACAAAUUGGCCAAAACGUAGUUUUAAAACUUUCAGCAGUUUCCCUUAAAGAAAAUAUUGUUGUCAAAAUUGCACAAAGUAGAUGAAUACAAGAUCUUUCUUUGGAUGACAGUGCCUAUGUGCUCUCAGCAAAAUCUUAUGCCACCUCUUGUUUCUUUUCUAUUCAAUCACUUAAAGGGCAGACAUCAGAAAAGCAGGAUUACUAACCUUUAAAAUCAUAACAGAAGAAAAAUGUAUUGUCUGCCUGCCUAAAAACCAUCAAAUAUAGGUUCAGUUAGACUUACGUAGGAGAGGGUUCCACAACUGGGGUCCUGCCAGUGAAAAAACCUGUGUUAGCUUUUACGGCCAAAUAUUCCCUCCUUGGUUGUGGAGCUCAGAACAGGCCUUCUGGUGGUUUAUUUAUUAAAUUUAUAUUCCUUCCAAAGGAACCCAGGGUGACUGAUUACUACAACUGAGGUCCUGGUUCAUAUGGGAGCAGGAGGCCCUGCAGAUACCCUGCCCUCAAACCAGGACUUUAUAGGUAAUAGCCAGCACCUUGAAUUAGACCUAGAAACAAACUGGAAGCAGUGCUGAUGGAAUAAGACUGGUAACAUGAUCUGAAUAGUGAGCACCAGAAAGCAUUCUGGCCAACAAAUUCUGCACUGAUUGUAGUUUCUAAAUGCUCUUAUAAGGGCAGCUCCUUUCAAUAAUCUAACCUGGAUGCAGCAAUUGGCCAGAUUUGUGUUCUUUAGGAAGGGACAUAAUUGGAGAAUCAGUUGAAGCUGAGCAGACACUUCCUUUUUAAAGAAAUGGAAAGGUAGAUAAACUCAUCUUUAUUGGGCUUUUGCAUCAGUGAAGUGCUGUUUCUGCAGUCUCCAGAAGACAGUACAAAGGUAAACACUCCUUUAUUCUUAGAGUCCUUUUUCAUGAUGGGAGCAGUUAGCAGCAACCUCAAUAAUGGGUGUUGGUAAUACAUUUGUAUUACCUUUGUAAUUUGUAUAUACCUUGCAUAUAUGUUCCAGAACUCUGAAAUCACUACUGCUAGAUGGGAGCAACUGGUAAAGCCUGAAGCCAUAUAAUAAGAUCAGUUUGUGUGGCAAAACAUACUGUGGACUCCCAAGCAAUUUAGAAAAACAGAUCCACUACCAAGAAUACAGAAGUUGGCCAUUCCUCAUGUAUAAAAUUAAGUCACCUCAUUUAUGUCCAGUCAAACCUCAGUUGUCGAACGUAAUCCGUUCCAGAAGACCUUUCGACUUCCGAAACAUUUGACAACCGAGGAUCAAAGGGCAAAGUCAAUGGAGAAAACCGGAGCAGUUACUUCGGGGUUUUUGGCGUUUGGGAGCUGAGGAUUGACUGUAUAGGAAUGUUUGAAAUUUCUAUUUAGUUGACAUUCUGGCAUAAUUUUUGCACAUCAGGCUUCCUACAUCAAGUGUACCAUGUGUAUCCUAUCAACUGCAGGUUGCCUGUAUGGUUAAUAGUUUGCAGAAAGGCAGUAGUAGUGUUUAUUUCAGGUGGUUUAAAAUGUUUUAAGGUUGUGUAACACUGGGACUUCUGGGAAGCAAUUUUUUGUCUUGCUUUUUUCCCAGAAUGGCUCUAUGAAUGCUUAGUUCAGCGGCUAGUAGUGGUGAUCUCCAGUAAAGAAACCAGUGAAGUUCUGGAAAGGUGGCAGUUUGACAUUGAAUGUGACAAAGCUGCAAAGGAUGAAAUGUAAGUGCAUUUAAACAUCAUUGUUUCAAACAAUGCAAAAUGUAGGCAUUUAUUCAGCUUUGUAUUCAAUUGUGCUCUUCUCUCACCCCAGGUACAAAAAAGCAUAUUGCAAAUUGUGGUGACAACAUAAUUGUCUUGUAGAGAUGGAUGAUAUGAAUAUGCUUGUGGAUAUAGAGAUACGUAGUUGCCUCCUUCAAAAUGGGGACUUCCAAAGGGGGAGACACGGCUUGCAAAAGGGUUGUGCUUGCAAAGUGCUCAGCUAGUCCAUUCUAAGGCCUGGGGUGUCAGCAGCAAAUGCACACAAGUAAAAUGCUAUAGAUGUAGGCCAGGAGUGGGGAAAAAGAUUUGAUGGGCAGCCCAGCUCCUGACCAGACCCUACCCCACCCCCAUGGACCACUCUGACAGAUGGGCAUGUCUUGUCAAUUGCAUGACAUCAAGUGACCCAAAGUAAGCUUUUCCCUUUCAUCACUGCUCUGAAUUCACCAAGCCACAAUUUAUAGUCAGGUAUUGGCUGCACUUGGAGUAAAGAGUCCAAAAUUCUAUAGCCUAGCACAUACCUGCCUGAAGUGGGCUUGCCAGAAGUGUAACUGUAAGGCUGCUAAUUGUUCCUGUCCCACCUCUGAUGUUGCAUAUUACAUCAGAUGUGGAGUAGAUUUAGGGCCUGUCAGGCCUAACUUGGCCUGCAAGCCAGUGGUUCUUCCUCCCUGGCAUAGGCAAUGGAAACUUGCAAAGCAACCACACCAAACAUGGCAUAUAAUUUGGACCAGUGGAUAUUUACUAUGUAAAAUACUAAUAGCUCUGUUAAUUUAUGAUGUCAGACUUGUUUAAUGACAGCUUUUGAUUGUUAUUUUAGUGCACCGAGAGAGAAAUCUCAGAAAGCUAUACAGGAUGAAAUAAAAUCUGUUAUCAGACAGAUAACAGCCACAGUAACUUUCCUUCCUUUACUAGAAACAACAUGUAAGUAUCUUGUCACUUGAUGCUCUUGACAGAAUGCAGCAAAUCUAUUUGGGGGCUUAUUCGUAGUAUAGGCUGCAGAGCAAGGAAAUGAGUACAACCUAAUUUCUGUAAAGUACAUUGCCAAACGUUUAAGGAAUGUAAACAAUUUAUCUGGAAUAAGGUGAACAAUGAGUUCAUUUUCAGAUGAUGCCAUAUUAUUUUAUAAAAUCUGAGUGGGCUGAACAGCUCCAAAACAGUGUCUUCAAACUGGAUGGUGCUGUAUCCUUUCCCUGCCCAUGCUCUCCCCAGCCUUUUCUCAGUGGUGCUCUGAGAUCAGGUGUAACACCUGUUGGAAAGAAAAUAGGGUGGGAUAGCAGGAACAUUUAUAGGGUGGAAGGGAAGAGGUUUAUCACCCUCCUGCCUGCUUACUCACACUUCACAGCAAUUCAAACAAGCAGACUUCUGACACCGGCGCUGCUGCUGUUUGCUGAAAAUGCUGUCAAAAGUUCAAUGAAAGUGAUUCACAUUUAAGUUGACAUAACAUAGAUGGGGUCUUUCAUGGGAAGGAAGGCUGUAAGUGUAGUGGGCUGCAUCAGUAAAAUUGUUUGGAGGCAUUAAAACUAGUAGUAUGACGACGACCCUAAAUCUGGUGAACACUCGUUCAGUAAACUGCAGUUCUGAUAAUCCUAUUUUAGUUAGCCAUCAAGUGAUUGAUAUGAAUGAAUGAUCCAGUCCUAAUUUAGUUCAAUUAAUGUAUUGUUGCAGCAUUAAAAGUAUGAAUGUGCUUGAAUUUUAAAUACAAGCACACAAUUUUAUUCUACCCUAAAAAAUGAAUUUAGAAUAUAGGCACGCAAUAUAAAUCCAGUAACACUGGGUUUUUCCUUGCAGGUGCAUUUGACUUGCUGAUUUUCACAGACAAAGACUUAGCUGUUCCGGAAAAAUGGGAAGAGUCUGGUCCACAGUUCAUUGCUAACUCUGAAGAAGUUCGUCUUCGUUCCUUCACAACUACAAUACACAAAGUCAACAGUAUGGUGGCCUACAAAAAGGACAGCUUCCCCUGACUGUGCAAAUAAGACUGUACAUAAGCUUCCUCUUAACUUCUUUAGCAAAUAGUAAUUACAUUCUGCAUAGAUCCUUUGCAUUCCAGUAAAACUAACAGGGAAAACAUACUUUGUACAUAGCUUGAAUAUACUGUGGAUGUAUUUCUAAGAAUGAAUACUGAAAUCCUGUUCUUUGAUAUGCGACUGAAUUUCCUCAUUCUGGUUAUUACAGGAGUGUGGACUGAAUGUUUUUAAUUGUAUUUUGUAGGAUAAAAAAAUAAAGUAAAACUUUAACUGGUCUUUGUAUCAUAAGUGUCCUGUAUAACUGCCUAUAUUUACUUAAAUGUGAGUCUACUGCCAAUAAACUACUUAAUUUUGUCUUUGUUGUGGUUGUGGCUAAAGUUAGCAAAAUAUUACAAGACCUUAGGGACUGGAAAUAUCAGCUUGAUCUGGCUCACAGCCCUGCACAUAGCUGUUAGGCUUAAGACACCUAGGAUUGGCACCAUUAGAAGUUUUUCCUACUGAUUUUAAUUGCUGUGGAGCGUUUUCACUAGAAUAUUGGCAUCUAUAUAUACACAGCAAUACCUUGGUUCUCGAACUGAAUCCGUUCAACUUUCGAAAACGAAGGCGUGGCUUCCGAUUGGCUGCAAGAGCUUCCUGCACUCAAUCAGAAGCAGCAACAGACAUUCACAUUCCAAAGAAUGUUUGCAAACCGGAACACUCCCAGGUUUGCGGCAUUCAGAAGCCAAAAC